UCCACCACACGGAAUUCAAUCGCUUGCUCGUCGGCAGGUACAUUCAAGGCUAUAUGUGGCGCAGUAUUCUGUGACAGGAUCCUCACCGAGCGAAAUUCCUCACACCUCCAAAUCGUCCCUCACAAUGGACACUGCAUCCUCAUAUCCGCGGGACGGAGCUCGGUGCAGCCCAUAUGCAGGACUGCGGACUAGCUUCAAACAUGAGCGGUAUUGUUCUUUUCAGCUGUGGAUUGCCUGCCCUGGCUGCUCCCGUCGAGAUGAUGAAGUUUCGCCAGAGAGCAGAGGCGAGCAACUGGGGGGUCUGACCCUUCUACAGUAAUCUGUUCUCUGGCGCAGGAAACCACCUACCCGCGUUCGAGAUUGUAAUCGCAACCCAUGCCGUAUAAGAACCAUCGUGGAACGGCUCUGAGGGCUACAUCGGUCUGACAUGCGCUCCAUCCUCAGCCUCUUCUUCACUAUCACUCUUCUGUCAGCCUCAGCUCCCACCGCUCAUGGCCUGGACCUGUUUCCGUUCUUCAAUGCCGUGAUAUUCUCCGCCGGAGUCUCCGGGACGGAAACUAUCGGGAACGGUAACUACACCAAGUUUGGCCGCGUCCUCGCCGCGCCACGCGGGGCCAGAGACUCGAAGAACGCCCCGCAGGCGGUGUAUGUGUCGACCGACCAGACCGCGCAGCCGAUGGCGGCUGCGGCGGUAGCCCUUUCCGACAUGCUCUGGACCAUCCACUAUGCGCCUGAUGUCGUCACGGACGAGGAGAAGUACAUACUGAAUUGCAAUCCCUCUGCGAAGCAGCUGCUGGUCCUGGUCCUGUCGCAGAACGACACUGCCUUGCAAGUCAGUGCGGUAAGACGGGAUGCUGUCCAAGACCCGGCUUCGGUGUACACGUUCAGCAUCAGGCCUCGCCGAGUCAUUCACCCCGGUCCUCCAAGACCAUAUAUCCCGGACAUCUACUACUCGGCGAGUGCUCUCUUCUGCGCCGAUCACACCGACCUGUCGUGCUGGACUGUCGACGACCAGGGCCAGAUAUCGCUCAGCGCGCUCACCACGGCGCCGACCAUUCCGGACAACCAGCUGUUUUUGAUGUCAAUGUAUCCCGCGCUUGACUCGGACCCCAGCCACGAAGAAGGCACCGCACUCGCCGACACAAAGGGCGCUUUCGCUGACCUCUUUGGUCCUGGGAGCCCCGGGAGCAAGAAGCCCCGGGCCGCUUUCCCCGGUGCUUGAGCAUCCGUCACAACCUGCGAUGUACUGCAAAACUCGCUUUGGGGCAAAUGGUUGGCAGGAGUGACUGGAGACAGCUUCGCUGCUACAUUCCGACACGAUUUUUGCCGCGGUUACUACUUUUGGUUUAUUGUAUCUUUGUCUCUAUUCUGACUCGUGUGAUGCACUGUGCUUGCGCCUCCGUG